UAAAUGUGAACUGAGCAACGUUGCACUUUAUGACACGUUUAAAGAAAUCCUUUCGCCCUCCAAUCCCUUGACGUCACGCCAACCUGACAUCCCCCUGGCCAGCGCGCGGGCGACGGGGCGCGUUCCAAACCGACGACACUCGCGCGCGCCCUCUGUUGGUCAGACACCUGUUGUUUCUAUGGAGACGGUAACAAACGCACCCAUGUCGAAGGCGCGUUUGAGGUCGUCCACGCAGCAAGUUUGGGUCCGAAUUGGUUGUGUGUAAAAAAAAUAAAGAAAUUUGGAUUUUUUUGGGGCUCACGCAGAUGACGUCACUCAAGCGGCAGCGUUUGCAGCAGGCUGGCGUUAGCAUGUCGGAGAGCCGCGUGGUUCCGAGCGGCAAUGUUUACCAGCAGCUCUUUGUUGAUCAGGUUCGUCUGUCCAAAAGUUUGUUGGCUGCGCGCAAACACACGGCGGCGACGCGUGUGCGUGCUGCCGACUGUGACACACCGUGCAGCGCUAAAAGCAGGGAGCAUCCCGGCGCCGAGGACAACGCUGGCCGAGAGGAUGACGGUGAAGGGGAGGCGGUGGUCAGGCUUCCCGACGCCGUGGAGGCCCGGCACCAGUCGUGCGACAUCCUGCAGCGCGUCCACCAAAACAAGAAGAUCCAGCACCAGGAAGCUGUGCGCCAUGUGCACGCGCAACUCACACACCUGGCGCAGUUGUGCGAGGAGCAAGUGAGGACCCACAGCGUGCAACUGAGGACCAAGCUGCAAAGGAUCGAUGCCUCUUUGCACAAGCUGGCGCAGGACAUGACGCACGUGCAGCAACGCAGCCUGCAGGAGGUGUUGUGCGUGUGGAGCUCGGUGGAGGCUCACAUGAAGGAGAAAAAGUCCAGCGUGUUGACCUUUGAACUGCAAGUCAACCAGUGUGAGCGACUGCGAGUCAACAAGAUCAGACCGGUUCUGCGGAGGUACUGCCACCUGCUGGAGAAGAUCAACUUCCUACCUUGCACAAACACGCAUAUGCACAUCCACAGCCAGGCCACGAUGCUGAAUCAGUGCCUGCUGGCCAACCGGCGCAGCGCGGCACGCCUCCUGCUGCUGCUGCACGAGGAGGCCCUCCAGCAGGAGGCGCUCUUGCGCUUGCAGUGGGAGGAGUCGGUCAGCCAGUGGAGGCGGAGUCAGGCCGGCCACAUGCUCCAAGAGUUCAGGUGGGUGAUUGCUCUGGUGUCGCGCCACGUCGACUCGCUCGCUCGGGUCAGGCGGCGCGCCCAAACUCAGUCGGACGGCGGCGGCGGCGGCGGCAGGUUGUCGGUGGGAAGCGUGGACGUGUGGCGUCUGCUGUCGGAACAGCUGACCUUCCGCGAAGCAGACCAGAACCUGCGGCGGUUGUCCCAGCGACGCUGCGACAUCGUCACGGGCCUCGGCUCCCUGGCCCCGCCCUCCCUCUCGGCUGCGCUGGUCUCCGAUUGGCUGGCGCAACUGACGGCGGUCAAUCAACAGAUCGACACCUGUCACGCCGACUUCCUUCAUCAGCUGCGUUGUCAUUACGAGCUGAUGUGGCAGGAUCGCGUGUCCCAAGUCAAGCAUUGCCAGGAGGCACUGUCUGCGCUGGAGCUGCCGGAGGAGGAGGUGAGCGACGUGGUCAAGUCUCAACUCAUCUCUCUGAUUGGACAACACCAGAGACAAGACGAAACGCAGCUGGCCGCCAUCGACACGUGUUCCGACAGCCUGUACCGCGCGUCGGCGCGUCUCAGCAGACGUGUCUUUGUGGUCAUGAGGGCCCUGGCGUCGCUGUGGGAAAAGCACGGCAGCGUCCUGCGGGGGCGAAAGGAGGACGUCCAGCGGCGCUUGGACCAACUGCGACUAACGCACGAGCGACACGUGCAGAGGAAGAAGGUGUUCCUGGACGAGCUCCUGGCCGCGCUUCGUCAGGAGAGCAGCGAAGUGGCCUUGAAGUCGUCGCUGGAGCAAACCAUCAUCUACCUGCGCGACAUCAGGAACAGCUGCUGCGAGUGUGUGACGGACCAGUGCGCCGUGUUGGACCGCCUCCCCCGCACCGUCGCCGAUGAGCUUCUGGAGUUCGGCCGACUCCUCGGCAACUUCUUCCGCCUGGAAAACUCCUUUGCUCCUAGUGCAGAAGACCUGAAGAAGCUGCCGCCAGUCAGUGACGUCAUCGCCAGCGACACUCAAGAGGGUCGUCAAGAGGGCGGGACGAGAGAGGAGGAAGAGCCAAUCGGCUGUCGGGAUGUCGCGGCACACGAGGAGAUCUCCGAUUCGCUGGCCGAGGCUGAGUCGUCUCUUCUGGAGCUGUACGACCUCAGCGGCAAGGUCACCUUCAUGUCGUCUGGGGGCGUUUCCUACUCUGGCCCCGCCUUCAGAUGCCCUGCCUCCGACCUGCCCGGCAACAUGAGCAAGCAACAGGAAACGCACCUGAGCGUAUUUCCUGUCGAGCUUCUCAUGCACGCGCUCAACAGGAUGCGCAUUUUGUUCCUGGAUUACGUGGAGCGGCGUUUUCAGGACGUCCUGACGUCGGCUGUGGCCACGGUGACGGACAGGAAGGAGGCGGUGCGCGCCUACCACGACUUGCAAAUGCAGCCGCUCGAUCCGCUACACAUCAAGGCGUGCAUCUACAUCCCGCGCAUGGCCGAGCUGCAGCUGCACAAGCAGCGCGUGGACGCUCACUGCCAGGAAGUGUCGGACCUGCUGGCCUCGUGCACGGCAGCCUUGCAGGAGCUGCGGACGGCCAUCAACGAGAAGAACCGGAAGCUGACCGCAACGCUCGGCGAGAUGGAGGACGGCGUCCUCAAAACGGACGGCAGCCAACGUCUGGAGGCCCUUAGCGCCACUCUGCAGGACCGUCUGGACGAGCACAUCAAGCACACUCAGCGCUCGCACUCGUCCUUCCGGGCGGCGCUUCAGUUGCAGAUGGACGAGCUCCGAAACCGGACGGCGCGCCUCCUCAAAUCGUUCAGGCUUUUCAGUGAAGGGGGUGACUACACGCGUCAGGAGGUGAAAACCUUCCAGCGGCGUCUGAAGGAGGAGAGCAAACGCAUCAGUGUCACGGAGGAGAGCGUCUACACGGACCUGCACAACCUGCAGACCAAGACCUUGCAGCAGGUGAAGGCGGCGUCCGGGCGUCUGGAGGAGAAGCUGUGCGUGCUGCAGGCCGAGGUCAAGUUCAUCGAGUUGAUCGAGAGGAUCCUCAGUAGCACUCAAGUGGAGGUCAAAGCCGAGGCGGCUAGCAGCAACCAGCAGGAGGCGGUCAUCGGCGCGCGCCUGGAGCAACUCAGGAAAACACUGGAAGAAGAGCAGGUGAGCGUGGAGCAGGUGUUCGCCUUGUUGUCGGCCAUCGGCGAGGACCUGAGGAGGCGGAGACAAUACUUGAACGAGGAGAGCGCGGCUCCUCCCGCCGUGUCCAAAUCCAGAAAGCAGGUGUGGUCGGCCCCGCCCCCGGCCUUGCUGCAGCCCUGCCGCUCGGGCGGGAACAUCAUGGAAGACCCCAUAGUGGGCGUGGUCAAGUCACUCAACAGGUUCUCUGAAGGUCAAAGCCCCGCCCAGCGCCAGCAGUCAUCGAGACGCAGCGAAUCUGCCGGCGCCGCGAGGUCGUUCAGGACUGACAAAAGGCUCCAGAUCUUUGGCACCAAGUCAGAAGCAGAUCCCAAUCCAGAUUGCUACAUCUCCAUCGUGAACGCCAUACUAAGGAGGACUCAUCAGACCCUUCUGCUGGUUGCCAAGGACUUCUACCAGAGUCAACGCUGCGGCGGCUUCCAUCGACUUCCUGCCGGGCUGGACCAGUGGGUGGAAAACACGCAGCAAAGGCUUCUGGGACAUCACGAGCACUCCCGCUCGCUGCUCAGCGCCAGCAGAGAAGCGCUGGAGCAGCAGCAGUGCGUGUUGGCCGACAUGAUGCAUUUGCUGCCCGCCAGCUUGAUCCGUACGCACGAGAAACUGCUGGGGGCGGAGCUGAGGGAAGAGGCGGGGCGGGUCCGCCGCUCCUUUGAGGAAACCAUGGCCGCCAGCGAAGAGGAGAAGUUGGCAAGCGUGGCCGGCCUACGCGUGUCGCUCUCCACCAAUGAGAUGGAAGCACUGAGGUGUGGCGAGGAGGCCCGACAACAGAGACUCCACGACGCUAUUUUGGGCUCGCAUCGGGAACUGCAGGAGUGCAUGAGACGCAGAGCCGAGGAGUUUGUGACAUCACUGGCUUCUCUGACGGAGCACCUCCUCCAUCAGAUGGACCGACUUCCUCUACCAGAAGUGACCUCGCAGCAGAUGUCGGAGGACAGAGAUGUUGCCAGGGAGACCACCCAGCAAUCCUGCAGGUUGUGGCCGGGCAUUCCUCACAUGUCGCUCCCCGCCAACGCCGCAUCCGCCCUGAGCGCCGCAACCACCGUGGCCGUGGCCACCACCAAGUGCACCCUGGGACAUCUGGCCGUCAUUCAGCACAGGGACGCCGCCGCCAAGCGUUUUCAGCAGGUGUUUUCGUCACAAUUGUCGCAUUCCGACGCAGACAAACGAAGACGACUUAACGAACUUCAAAGCUGGAAGACCCACUGGAGGCUACAGUUACACACGCUGACAGAGUGAACACGGACACACUACAUACACACUGUUGGCUGGAAUAAAGCACAAGAUGGAGCCAAAAA